GCGGGGCGGGAGCCCCGAGCUGCGGUGGCGCUGCGGGCAGCGGGUACUGUGUGCGACAAGCCGCUGGCCUCAAGCGUGCUGAGGAUCGUGCCAGUGCCGCACCUGCCGGCCCGGUCCUCGAGCUGUCUCAGCGCGGGGACCACCCUACUGGGAACUGCCGCUGACAUGAGUGCAGUGUCUCAGCCCCAGGCUGCUCAUGCCCCACUGGAGAAGCCGGCCAGCACUGCGAUCCUGUGUAAUACCUGUGGGAAUGUGUGCAAGGGAGAGGUGCUGCGUGUGCAGAACAAGUACUUCCACAUCAGGUGCUUCGUGUGCAAAGCGUGUGGCUGUGACCUGGCCGAAGGUGGCUUCUUUGUGAGACAGGGUGAGCACAUUUGCACACGUGACUACCAGCGGCUCUAUGGCACUCGCUGCUUCAGCUGUGACCGCUUCAUUGAAGGUGAAGUGGUGUCGGCACUUGGGAAGACCUACCACCCUGACUGCUUUGUAUGCGCUGUCUGCAGGCUGCCCUUUCCUCCUGGGGACCGCGUGACGUUCAACGGGAAGGAUUGUAUGUGCCAGAAGUGUUCCCCACCCACGUCGCUGGGCAACAGUGCUCACGUGGCCCAGGGCCUCCGGAGUUGUGGAGGCUGUGGCUUAGAAAUCAAGAAUGGCCAAGCCCUGGUAGCUUUGGAUAAGCACUGGCACCUGGGAUGCUUCAAGUGCAAGACUUGUGGGAAACUCCUCAAUGCAGAGUACAUCAGCAAGGACGGGCUGCCCUACUGCGAGGCUGAUUAUCACACCAAGUUUGGCAUCCGCUGUGACGGCUGUGAGAAGUACAUCACGGGCCGGGUGCUGGAGGCUGGAGAGAAGCACUACCACCCUUCAUGUGCGCUAUGCGUCAGGUGCGGCCAGAUGUUCUCAGAGGGCGAGGAGAUGUACCUGCAAGGCUCCUCCAUCUGGCACCCGGCAUGUCGACAAGCAGCCAGGACUGAAGAUAAGGGCAAGAUGCACAACUCUGUUUGCAGCCAGCCCUGCCCGGGCACCCUGCCCUGUGCCUUACAGGAAACCAGGACUUCCUCGGAGAGCAUUGUCUCUGUGCCUGCCUCCAGCACGUCAGGGUCCCCAAGCCGUGUGAUCUACGCAAAGCUUGGCGAUGAGAUCCUGGACUACAGGGACUUGGCUGCUCUUCCCAAAAGCAAGGCAAUCUAUAACAUCGACCGCCCCGACAUGAUCUCCUACUCACCCUACAUUAGCCACUCGGCCGUGGGGGACAGGCAGAGCUAUGGCGAGGGGGAUCAGGAUGAUCGGUCCUACAAGCAAUGCAGGACCUCCAGCCCCAGCUCUGCUGGCUCGGUCAGCCUCGGACACUACACCCCAACCUCACGGUCACCCCAGCACUACAGUUGUCCAGCUGGUACUGUGAGUGUUGGUACCAGUAGCUGUCUGUCCCUGUCCCAACACCCAAGCCCUACAUCCGUGUUCAGACAUCAUUACAUCCCCUACUUCCGAGGCAGCGAAAGUGGCCGUAGCACCCCGAGUCUCUCAGUGCACUCCGACAGCAGGCCUCCUUCCUCUACCUAUCAGCAGGCUCCGAGACACUUCCACGUCCCAGCCGCCAGGCGACUGGACGUGGAGGACAGCAGCUUCGACCAGGAUAGCAGGAAGAAGACAACCUGGCUGCUCCUCAAGGGGGAUGCAGACACCAGAACUAACUCUCCGGACCUGGACAGUCAGUCGCUGUCCCUCAGCAGCGGGGCUGAUCAAGAACCUCUCCAAAGGAUGCCAGAGGACAGCCUCUACUCACAGUAUAAGAUAUAUCCCUAUGAUUCCCUCAUCGUAACAAACCGAAUUCGUGUGAAACUGCCCAAAGACGUGGACCGUACACGGCUGGAGAGACACCUAUCACCUGAGGAGUUCCAAGAAGUGUUUGGGAUGAGUAUCGAGGAGUUUGACCGCCUGGCCCUGUGGAAGAGGAAUGACCUCAAGAAGAAAGCCUUGCUGUUCUGACAGCUGCCAAUGUCUUACCAGGAGCCUGCUGGGGGGGCAGGGCUGGAGGACCCCACUGCCCCCCUAAAUCCCCUCCUGCACCUUGCUCUACUUCUCUGUGUCGGUGGGGCAGGCAGGGUACCUGCAGGAGGCAGGGUGGGGCCAGGCCCUGAGGAGCAUCCAGCAGGCAUGGUCCCUUGUGUAGCAAGGAUGCUCCCGCCUGUAGUUUAGGGCCAGGUGCCAGCUUGACCCGCUCCUUCCCGCCACAACUGGGCAUCAGGGCAGUGUUGCAGCCAGCUAUCCUAGGAGAUGGGGAAGAGCAUUCAGCCAGCCCAGCACCUUCCCAGGGCACCUGGUGUGUCCACACCAGUGCUAGGCACUGGGGCACAGAGUGUCUAGGACGUGAGUGAAAGGCUUGUCAGUGGCAGACCCUGACACAGCAGUAAUGGUAAGUGUGAGGCUCCUCAGAGCAUAAGGAGAUAUCAAGCAGACUGGCAAGCUGAGGCAGGGGAGCCAGGCCAAUGUCUGAGAGGCAGUGGGACUGUGGUUUUUUGUGGUUAUUGUGGUGGAUCUUUUCUGGGGAAUGAAUGUCGACCUGACAGGGUGCCCCCCGCUAGUGCUCUGUGUACUGUGCCCUUCUUCCAGAUUACCCCCUUAGUUGCCUAAAUGAUAUCUUUCAAGUUACACAGAAGUUUUUAUUUUAUUAAAAAGUAUCGCUUCCUUACACAUAAGAAGACAUAUAUGCAGAGUUUAGUUUUACGGUCCCUGAGAAGGGGAGCGCCUCCGCCUUACACCCCCACCAUGCAGGCCUCUGUGCUUCCAGUCCUUGGUGUUCCUCACAGACAGGAACUGGUCUGUUUCCCUUCAUCCUUGCUCCUAUGUAUGUGUCACACAGACAGCCUCAAAGACAGCAGUGCCGUUUGUAAAUACAUGUGAAAUGUAUCCAUCUCCUUUUCCCUCUCUGUUGGUUUUCUUCCCCCCAAAUCACAAAGAGAAGAGCGCCCCCUGAUGGCCAAAGCCCUAGAAUAAAGGUUUCCCCACUAUGGCCUAGUCUCACAUAAACCUGACCAGUCUUCCUGGUAAAGUCACUCACUGUAGCCCCCAACACACAAAACAUGCAUGUCCAGGAAGCAUGCUGUCAUGUGACACAGACACUGAAUGCAGCGGCAGAGAUGGACAGCUAGAGGUGGUGCCUCCUCCCAUCUGGGUGUUCAGAAGUGGGGGCUAACUGGGGCCCUGGCAACAGGUAUGGAAGAGCACCCCUGUUGCAGGAUGGGUAGACACUGUGGUCCUGGGUGACUCUAGCUGUCUCCUCCUCUGGGUUGUCCUCACUCCCUCACAUCCAGGGACAUUUCGAGUCUCAUUUUGUGUUGGGGUUCUCACCAGCCUGGCUGGGCUGUGGAGGGGAACUUUUGGUACUUAAUCUGCUUCCGGCCACUUAGCAGUCUGGACCUGCGCAACUGGAAACCCCCACCUCCUCAUUCACGAGGUGUCAUGUCAUAUCUGAUCCCUGGGACACCUGGGAAAAUAAAUGGUGACACACUGUAA